AUGGAAGAGGUUGAGCGAAAAACCUCCAGGUAUCUGAAGCAAAACAGAGAACUAGUCAAAGAAACAGCACAUCGCCUCAUCGCCAGCACUUUUUUCUUCGAAACGGAUCCUAGUCGAAUCAAACAUGUUGGAAAUGGAUUCAGGUGUCAAGGCCGUAUCCUUUGUAGGUUCGUUGACCGUUCUGAUAACCUAAAAGCCCUCGGAAAGUUUCUUCAGGCUCAGGUCAGGGGAAGUUUCGAGCCCUAUUUCACCAUUCAGGAACAGGGAUAUCCCAGCGAGGAGAUCACAGUACCGCUUUCAGAAGAUACCAUCAAUGCCAUGUGCGUCAGAGGAAACUUGGAACUAGAUGUGAUCGAGUUUCGUGAAAACAAGGAGUUCUCACCCAUUCACAUGUCUUUGUGUCUUGAAGAUAACUCAUCAUCUGGUUCAAUUGACCGAUCUUUUCCCAUCAGUGGAUUCCCACGAGAACUGAUGGACGAGCAUAGACAGCCAGGGCCACCACGAACCACUGUGAAUAGUGAACUUCGCCGUGAUUCGAGUGGCAGGAGGGUCCCCUAUACUAGAGCGAUGCAUAACAAGGGUAGCAUUGAUGAGCAUGACUUAGAUGCUCUUGGUAACUUGACAUUGAGUCCAUGGCUUACUGAUCUUAAGAAUGGCAGUAAUAUGUUUAACGUAAGUCCUUCCGAGACAGAACAGGUUUACGAGCUAGAAGGCUAG